CGCCCUCUUUUCAUUCGGCAACAUGGCCGCUGCGAGGAAACACAAACGCGUGGCGGCAUCUCAGCCGGGCUUUUUGCCUUUAAAAUCGGAUCCUAAUAAUGAAGCAAGUGCAAACCUCGGGCGUCGAAAGCGUGUCAACAAAAAUAAGAAAAAGAACUGGAACAAGUACAGCGAUGUACAGGAUGUCGAGGAGUUUUUGGAGGACGUGAGACUCCAGGAAAGAGCUACAGGAGGUCUGAUAGCAGACAAACCAGACGAAAGUCUCUUCUUUGUGGACACAGGAGAGAAGAAGAGCAUCCCAAAGCCAGAAGCCGUUAAGAAGAGUAAACGCUCCAAGCCACUCCGGAUAGAUCUGAUCCUGCAGCCGGAUUCGCAGGUUCCGGCACCUAAAGAUAUCUUGGCGUAUCAGCGUCCCAAUGCCAAGAAGCUGCGCCGCCUGGCCGAGAAGGCCGAGAAGCUGGCUGCCAUGGGUAUGCUGUCACGCCGAGAGAAGCUCCUGCAGCUACGCAAGACAGCAGCAACACACGUUAAAGAGAAACCCCUAAACAGCAAGGAUCCAGGGAGAGGCUUCUACGAUCUGUGGAGUGCAGGCAGCCCUGACCCUGCAGAUCCCUACUACCUCGAGCAGACUAAGAAGAAGCUGGUUAAGAGACCAGAGAAGCUGAAUGAGAAGCCCUCCAUCCUUCCUGCUGUUGAAGUCAUCGCCCCUGGAGGCUCAUACAAUCCUGAUUUCCUUUCUCACCAGACAUUGCUGCUGGAGGCUCAUGAGGCCGAGGUGAAAAAGGUGAAGGCUGAAGAGAAGCUGGAAAGACAGCUGGCAGUAAACAGGAUGGACAUCGCCACUGAGGAGAGCGUCUUUAACGAACAGGUCGAAGGUCUGAUCGAGGAAGACGAGGGGGAGGAAAUGAAAGAAACGGAGCACACAGCGGAGGAUUCCAAAGACGCAGGCGCCGGGCCGACAGCGCAGCCGGAGAAAAAAACGGAGAAACAGAGGAAGAGGGAGAAAGCCGAGAGGAUAAAGGAGCUGCAGAAGAAGGCGGAGAGGAAGAUGCUCAACAGCCGACAGCAGCUCUUCCAGCUGCGUUCCAUCGGUGCAGAUCUGAAGCAGAGGGAGCUGAGGACCAAGACGAGACAGACCAAGCGUAAAGCCAAGCAGGAGGCACAGAAAGCACUGCCUCGCCGUCUGGGCAAGCUAAAGUUCCAGGUUCCGGAUCUGGAAGUGCAGUUAAGUGAUGAACUCGCAGGCUCUCUCCGCACACUGAAGCCAGAGGGCAGCGUACUAAAGGAUCGCUUUAAGAGCUUACAGAAGAGGAACCUGAUAGAACCCAGAGAGAGAGCGAAGUUCAAGAGGAAACACAAGGUGAAAUAUGUAGAAAAGAGGGCUUUCAGAGAAAUCCAGUGAUUACCGACCCGGUUGCAUUGUGUUAUUAUCGCUGCUGGAGUCGUCCAGUCGUGUCGCUCAGUGCUGGCAGAUGCUGUCUGGUUAACCUGCAAUGCGGGCUUGUCUGAUCACAUAAACACCCCCCAGUGUGAUGACAGAACCUUCAGCAUGAACUGAUCAGUGAGAGGUCUCAUUCCUCCCAGGUUCCCAGAAUUUAAAAAUCGACCGUGAUAUUUCUGAAGCGCAAUGUUGUGGAAAUGUACUCUAAAGGAAAGGUUUAAAUCCCCCAGUUCUGCUUUUCACAAAUUCUACAAGUACCAGCUGUGAAAACUGACUUUUGCAGCUUUCAACAUUUUCAGUGAAAGCUGCAGAUUUUCUCCUCCAAAUUUCCAAAUCAAAAUGUCAAUCACAUGGAUGACUACGGAUAAUAAAACUAUAUUUAAUACUGCA